AUUCAUUUCGACCGCCGAUCCGACUUACCGAUUCGAUUCUUGGCACUCCUGCCCCCGAAGACAGCGCAUCCCUUUCCCGCCGAUCCAGCGAGGGCACGAAGCGCCCGGCGACGCCGGCGGCCAAGCCGGCGUGCGGCUCGAAGAAGGCCAAGCACAAGCAGACCCAGGAGGCUUGCCACGCCAACAUCCCGCCCGAGGACCUCCAGGCGCUGAUCUCCACCUGCACCGCGGCCCUCAUGAUCGCCCACGGCGAGGGCAGGGGCUACAUGGAGGGGAGCUCCCUGAGCAAGCUGCUGCAGGCGGAGGAGCCCGAGGUGGUGGCCCGAGCGAAGGCCACCCUGGGCGGCAAAGGGUGGCUCAGGGCCGUGGUGGACAUCAUGGACGAGGUCACGCAGGUGCUGGUCGACGGCAAGGGGGAGCCCUGCUACUGCCUGGCGGAGGUGGCCCCCGCCGACGGCCGCCUCGCCGCGGCCGACGCGGCGAGGCCCGCGCGGGAGGAGCCCUCCGCGGGCGACCUGGACCCGCAGCACGCCGCCGCCCUGCUCCGGACGAUGGCGGCCGCCCUGCGAGGAGACCCAAAGGGGUACAUGUCGGGCAACGAGCUCCGGAAGCUUCUCGACGAGCGGCACCCGGAGGUUGUGAAGGAGGCUAAGGCGUGCCUGAAAGGCAAGGGCUGGCUCAGGAAGAUUUUGGAGUCGGAUGGGCGGAUCUACACAGUCGAGGUCCAGACGGUUGGCGAGCCUUGCUACACGCUCAACGCCAAUUUCUCCGGUGGGACCCUGCUGAGCCCCAGCUCCGCGGCCGUCUGCCAGCCGAGAACCGGCGCCCCCGCCAACCUGGCCAAGCUGGACGAGAUCCAGAAGGCCACCCUCCAGGCCGCGGCCGCCUCCGCGCUCGACGUUGCGGAGGAGGGGUUCCUGCCCGGAUCCACGCUGUCGAAGCUCAUGGCGGAAGCCCACCCCGACGUCGUGUCGGCGGUGAAGUCCGCGCUGGGCGGCAAGGGGUGGCUGCGAAAGCUGUUGUGCGACCAGCCCGAGCUGGACGUCGUAGAGGUGAGCGCGCCUGGCCACGGCGAACCCUGCUACGCCAUCCGCGACAGGUGGGACAGCCGGCCUGUUCGGGAAGGUGGCCCGCCCUCGCGAGAGCAGAGGCCAGGCACGGACCUCCAACGCGAGCUGCCACCCUUUCGAAGGGAUCCCAACAUGGCGGCCAUGUCAUGGCCUCGCCUUCGAGGAGCCGGUGGGCCACGGUGAUCAUGCUGCAUCCUCGAGGGGCUCUGCCCCUGUCUUGUGAGCUGCGGUCUUUUUGGUGUGCUUGCCCGACGUGGGUUCGACGCAGAUUCGGCGUGGACCCGACUCGGACCGGACGCGGCUCAGAUGCGGAGGUGACACGGACUCUGCGCGGAUGGCGGC